AUGGCCGAACCCUACGACUACAUCAUCGUCGGCGGCGGCACUGCCGGCCUGACCGUCGCAGCUCGCCUCACCGAAGACCCUCGAGUGACAGUCCUUGUACUGGAAGCCGGCGCCGACCGCUCUGAAGAUCUAAAUGUGCUCGCCCCGGGCCUGUUUCCCGCCAUGUACGGCAACCCAGACUAUGACUGGGACUACAAAACUGUUCCUCAGGCUGCUGCCAACAACAAGGUCGUCGCCCACAUCCGCGGCAAGCAGCUCGGAGGCUCCAGCGCAAUGAAUUUCAUGUUCUGGACGCACCCUUCCCGGCGAGAUAUUGAUAACUGGGGCAAACUGGGUAACAAGGGUUGGUCUUGGGACGCGCUUGCUCCCUACUUCCGUAAGUCGGAGGCCUAUGUUGCUCCAUCGGCGCAGCAGACGAGCGACCUCCUUCUUGAUUACGUUGAUCCGAGGGUUCAUGGAACCAGCGGGCCCAUCGGCAACGAGUUUCCGAAGCUCUACAGUCCCUUUCUUCGGGCUUGGCCAAGGACUAUAGAGAAGCUUGGCCUGGGUGUUAAGGGCGAUCCCCGAGACGGCAAGGCGCUGGGGGGUUACGUCAACUUGCUCAACAUCAAGAAUGGGACGCGCAGUUAUGCUGCGAAUGCAUACCUCGAACCAGCGCGUCAGCGGGCAAACUUGAGGGUUCUAACGGAUGCUCAUGUGUCCAGGAUUAUUCUCAAGAAGAAUAAAAACAACGUCCAAGCGACGGGUGUCACGUGGACUCAGGGCAGCGAGAAGAUCGAAGCCACUGCCUCAAAAGAGGUAAUUCUGGCCGCGGGCUCCAUAGCCUCGCCACAAUUGCUUGAAGUUUCCGGCAUCGGCAGCAAGAUUCUCUUAGAAAAGCACGGCAUCCAAGUCUUUGUGGAUAACCCCAAUGUCGGCGAGAACCUACAGGACCAUAUCUAUGUCCCCCUUGGAUUCGCUGUGAAGUCUGGCCUGCCAACAAACGAGGACUAUGCCAACGAGACUUACUUCCAGGAGCAGCUCAACCUGUACCUCCAGACCAAAACUGGUCGCUUGUCAUCGGCAGGCGCCAGCUCGGCGCUCUUGUCCCUCAAACAAAUUGCGUCCACCCUGGAACUUGCUUCCCCCUCGCUCAAAAGCAAUCUUCCAGGCCUAGCUGAACAGUACCGCCUCGUCCUCCAGGACUUGAAAUCGGAGGCUGUCACUCAGGAGCUCACUAUCGAAGGCGGCAUCUCCCCCCAAUUUUCCUCCGAUACGACGAAGCUCUUCAACGCCGGAUCAUCUGGAAACUUUCUCUCCAUCUUGGGAGUUCUCGAGCACCCUCUAUCCAGGGGCUCCAUUCACAUUCAAUCCGCUGACGCAUCCAUCUACCCGGAAAUCGACCCACGCUACCUUUCCAAUCCGCUGGACCUCCAACUUUUGAAGACUAUCGCUAUCCAUCUCCAGACUAUUGCGCAAACGAAGCCAUUAAGCGAUCUGCUUCAGGGCGAAGGUGCCGUUUUCCAACCUGGGUAUCACAUGCUCACAGCCGAGAACGUGGAGGACUGGGUGCGGAGCAGUAUGCAGAGCGAGUAUCACCCCUGCGGAACAUGCGCCAUGUUACCCAAGUCAAAGGGCGGUGUUGUUGAUGAAAGGUUCAGGGCCUAUGGAGUAAACAAUCUGCGGGUGGUUGAUGCCAGUGUGUUUCCCCUAAUACCGAGGGCCAAUAUUCAGUCUCUGGUCUACGCGGUAGCAGAGAGGGCGGCAGACUUCAUCAAGCAAGACGCACACUGA